AUGAUCGACUCGACAAUGUUAGUGAUUGGAAGACUCUUCUUCUCCGGCAAGAGAUUUUUCAAACCAGAGAUCAACGAGCCAAAACCUUCGGUCAACUUGGACGAGCCUUCGGUCAGACCCAUCAGCUUGGACGACAGGUUACUGAAAAGAGCACCUUUGUUGUUGUUGCUGGCGGAUGUGUCGUUAUUGAAAUAUGCAUCGCUCAAGUUCAUCGACGAGAGCUUAGUGAUCUCCUUGAUCUGCUUGAUAUGUUUAAGAGAGGUCAGGUCGCAGUUGAGGUCUGCAAGGAUUUUCUCACACUCGUCUGCAAACGACUUUGGAAGAUCAGAAGUCAAUGUUAACAUGAUGUAUGUUCGCAGCUUGUCUUCGUGGUUGUCGGUCUUGGUUUUGGUGUUCAAGAGCUCCAAAAACCGUUUCUGGGUGGCUGGGUUUCCAACGUUUUGCUCCACUUCAAAGAACGCGUCCAGAUUCUUGGAGUCCAGCUCUUUGAUCAGCUCGGACAAAACAGUCAUGUGCAUAUCGAUGAUGUUUUUCCGCUGA